UAGCGCUAGCCACUCUACCAAACUAAACCUGCGGUUUUCAUCAUGAUUUUUCAUUUUAUCGCCACCGGAAGUUCGCCGCAGUGGAUCUACUCUAUUUAUUUUGGAGUACAGCGCAUAAACGCUGCAUUUGCGAUCUCUCUUUUACAUCACAGCCCCGAUGUCCGGAUCCGAUUGGCCGAUUUGCCCCGUCCCCAGUAGGGUUGGUGUCCAAUAUCACGAAGACCACAGGGAUGUCAGAAGCGUCUCGCCACACAUACCAAAACCAUCUUCACGCAGCCACCCCGACCUACCUCCGUCCUACCAGGAAAUUCUCCCAGAAACACCGGUCCCCAGUUCGCCAAUGCUCGACGACUCAAUCCAUGACCACGACGGAUGGCCCGACACGGUACUGCGACCACUGCCGCCCUUGUACGAUGAUAUCAUCCACAACGAACGUCCUUUUGCCAGCCAUCCUGAGGAUGCGCGCGCAUGGCAGGACAUGAGAACGGUUUGCAGCGAAAUGUUCAGCAAGGGUGCGACGUACUGGCGCCUCUGCCUGGUUGUGGGCAGCCUCACCGGCCUGUCCUUGAUGCUCUUUUAUUUAUUGGAAGAUGACCAAGAAUGGAAGUUAACUGUCGGAAGUGUGAUGUUCGCGGUAUUUUACAUGUUCUACCUGGUAGACGUGUUUGUGGGCAAUUCUAAUAUGGCGUUCCUUACGAAUGUUAUCAGCGUAGCCGAACUGAACAAACACAUGGAGCGUGUCCGAGCCGGUGUUCCUUCGAUUGUGUGGCACAUGAAAUGCAAUCAAAAAGUACAACGCACUCGGAUAAUGGGAGGAACAAUCGAGACUUACACCGACGAGACCAUCUGGAAAGGAACCAGGGCUUUUCGGUUCACGCACUGGGAGGAUUUCUCCAGUGACCGGCAGCUGGACAACAUUGGCGUCUACAAGAUGACCCGCAUCAAGUUUUUCAAGCGCUACGUCUUGGCGGAUAGCUGGACGACAUCGGCCUUCGAGCAGCAGCGAAAAGCAUUCAUCAAGGAGAACAAAUGGCGGGACAAACACUACACUCUGGAGGAAGUCUUUGAUAUAGUCGGAUCCAAGCCGGCCGUGCUGGUAUCCACGACAUCCGAGAAGCCCUUCUUUUUUCAGAGGUGCUGGUAUGUGUUGGCGGCGCUGUUUUUCCUGGAGCUACCGUUCAGUUUCAUGAUGAGGAUGCAGUCGACGCGGCUGCAUUACACUUACGUCAAAUACUUACGGUAG